AUGUGUGCCCCAGUUUCUGAAAGUGAUAUACUUGAUGCACUAAAUUCCAUAGGAGAUGAUAAGGCCCCAGGAGUGGAUGGGUUUAAUGCAGUCUUCUACAAAAAAGCAUGGCGGAUUAUCAAGCAUGAAGUUAUAGGAGCAUUUCAAAAUUUCUUCCUUACAGGCCAAUUGUAUAGGGCUGUGAACUGCACAACAAUACUGGCUAACAGAAUCCAACAAGUCAUUGCCACUGUCAUCACUGAUACUCAAUCAGGGUUCAUUCCAGGGAGGAAAGUUGCCGAUAAUGUGAUACUUGCCCAUGAACUAGUAAAGGCCUACACAAGGAAGCACCUGUUAUCAAGAUGCAUGAUCAAGGUUGACUUGCAAAAAGCAUAUGAUACAGUUGACUGGGGGUACUUGGAGCAAGUGUUGGAGUGUCUUGGUUUCCCUUACAAAUUCAUUGGCUGGGUGAUGGAGUGUGUCAAGACUGUAAACUACUCCAUUAUUAUCAAUAGGGAACCUACACAGCCUUUUGAUACAGCUAGAGGGUUGAGACAAGGGGACCUAAUGUCCCCCUUCUUAUUUGUUGUGGUCAUGGAAUACUUGAGUAGAUGUCUUGAUGACCUACUCAUGUUUGCAAAAGGAGACCCAAGAUUAGUUGCCUUACUACAUGAACAAUUUCAGAUUUUCUCAGCAGCUUCAGGAUUGCAAGCAAACAUGUCCAAGAGUGUUGUGUACUAUGGAGGAGUCUCAGAUGCUGUCAAACAUGAGAUCCAACAGCUCCUGGGGUACAGCCAAGGUGAAUUACCUUUCAGAAAAUCACUUGUUUCAUGGAGCAGAAUGUGCAUGCCAAAAGCAAACUAUGGUGGCCUCAAUCUUACAAAUUUAAAACUCUGGAACAAAACAACAAUUACAAAAACAUGUUGGGAGCUAGCCAAGAAGAAGGAUACUCUGUGGAUUAAAUGGGUACAUACACACUAUAUCAAGGAUCAACAAUUACUAGAGAUGCCUAUCCCUCAACAAGCUAGUUGGAUGAUGCUUGGUGUGUUGCCACAAGUAUCAUGGAAAAGUUUCAUGUGUUUGAACUCAGCAAGACCAAAAGCAAUCUUCACAAUGUGGUUGCAGCAACAAGAUAGACUUCACACCACUAAUAGACUGAAGAAAUGGGGACUUCAAAUGGAUCAUAAAUGCACUCUAUGUAAGGCAAUUGAUGAGGAUAGAAACCACUUUUUUGCAGAAUGUGUUUACACAAGGGAAUUAUGGAUGAGAUUGAUGCUUUGGCAGCAAAUUGACUGUCCAUUUCUUACGAACUGGGAACACCUACAGGACUGGAUACUGCAAUAUACAACGGGAAGAACACCACGAGCAAGAAUGAUCAAGAUGGUGUUCACAGAAUAUAUUUACACUAUCUGGACAGAGAGAAAUGCAAGAGUUUUUGAGAAGCAUGAGAGAAAAGCUGAUGCGUUAGCAAGAGAGAUAGCCUGCAAUUGCAACAUACGAGCUACAAAUGCAUCCCUGAGUCGACUGCUACAACAAUGCCAUUUUCCUUGCACUUGA